CCGAAAUCGAAAAAUCAGGUUUCGUUAUCUGUAAAAAGAAAAGUAGAGAAAAAAAAAGCAAAAUCAUUAUACUCAAGUCUUUCCCUCUCCGUUCAAAUUUGAAUCUCUCGUUUCUCGCUCAUUCCCUUAACUCUCUCACUCUCCGGAUCGAUCUCGAAAGACGAAAGCUUUGUCAUUUGGGGGAAGCCAUGGCAGACUCAAAAUGGAGUUUCCUUCCCAAAUCCGUAUCUGCCCACUUAAACCCUAGAUCCGACAUCGAAAACGCUCCUCCUCUCGAUCCAAACAUCCAUAUUCCCCGAAACAAAUCUGUUUAUAAAUCGCCGGCCUUCAAGAAGAAGGUGGAUUCUUCCGACCGCCGAGGUCAAGUGUCAGCUUCUCGGCAAAGAGGGAUAACGGCAAUGAAAACUCGGAAUGAGGUAGAAGAAGCCUCGGAUCCACAUGUAAAGGUUAUGGUGAGGAUUAAACCUACAAAAGAGUAUUGCUGGACAGUGAAAAAAGUUUCCAAAGAUUCAUAUUCUGUUAGGGAUCGGCAAUUCACAUUCGACUCGGUUCUCGACUCAAAUCUAAACCAGGACGAUGUAUUUCAGCAAAUUGGUGUUCCUUUGGUUCGGGAUGCAUUAUCAGGUUACAACACUAGUGUGCUGUCAUAUGGAGAGAAUGGAAGCGGCAAGACCUACACAAUGUGGGGUCCAGCAGGUUCAAUGCUUGAGGAUCCAUCUCCUAAAGGCGAGCAAGGACUCGCGCCUCGAAUCUUUCAGAUGUUGUUUUCUGAAAUCCAGAGAGAGAAGAUGAAGUCCGGGGGAAAAGAAGUAAACUAUCAGUGCCGUUGUUCCUUUCUUGAGAUAUACAAUGGACAAAUCAGUGAUUUGAUCGAUCAAACCCAGAGAAACCUUAAGAUAAAGGAUGAUGCAAAGAAUGGUGUUCAUGUUGAAAACUUGACUGGGGAAUAUGUAGAUAGCUAUGAGGAUGUUGCUCAAAUAAUGAUGAAGGGCCUGUCAAGCAGAAAAGUUGGAGCAACUAGCACAAGUUUUCAAAGUUCUCGAUCACAUGUCAUACUUUCCUUCAUUAUCGAGUCUUGGAGCAAGGGAGCUUCGGCAAGUUGUUUCAAUACCACCAGAACGAGCAGGAUCAACCUUGUUGAUCUUGCUGGAGCGGGAACAAAUGAACAUGAUGCUACAAAGCAUUGUGUGGAGGAAGAGAAAUUCUUGAAGAAGUCUUUAUCAGAGCUGGGUCAUGUUGUAAAUGCUCUGGCGAAAAACGUCCACCCUGGAAUAGCUGACCGCAGUCUACACAAAACCUCCUGUUUGACGCAUUUGUUACAAGAAUCGCUUGGUGGCAACUCAAAACUCACUAUCCUGUGCAACAUCUUUCCGAGCGACAAAAACACAAAAAGAACAAUGAGCACCCUUCGAUUUGGUGAACGGGCUAAAUCCAUGGGAAACAAGCCAGUGAUAAAUGAGAUCUCGGAAGAAGAUGUGAAUGAUUUGAGUGACCAGAUUCGUCUUCUAAAGGAAGAACUUAUAAGAGCCAAAGCUGAUGCAUGUCCUUCUGUUGGGAGUGAAAAUGAUCACUUCGGAGCAAAGAAUGCUCGUGAAAGUUGGAAUCAACUAAGAGUUAGUCUUAACCGGUCUUUGAUGCUGCCAAAGAUUGAUAGUGACGAGGAAGAGAUAACGGUUGAUGAGGAUGAUGUAAGGAAGUUGCAUCAGCAGAUCAAGUCCUUACGUGGUUCAUACAACGAGAAACUAAAGAAGCUCCCUGUCAACAGAGAAUCAGUCAGCUCUUCCUUUGUAACAGCAUUCGGUGAAUCAGAGCUAAUGGAUGAUGAUGAGAUAUACUCAGAGGCUGAAGAGAAAGACCUGGGUGAAUCUUUUGACGAAGAUUGUGCUGCAACAACAAAUAAAUCAACUGAGAAAUCGAGGAUAAAGGACUUUGCAUUGGAAAACAACAUAUCAAUCAAUCCUUGCCGUCAAUCAUUAACCUUGCAAGAACCAAUCCAGUCAGAGUCUCCUAAAAUCAGAGACUCUCUAAGGAAGAGCAUAGCUCUUUCUUCCUCAUGUCUCAGGAUUCAGAAUAGCGUGGCACAGAGCAUAAGAUCCGUGUGUCUUGCAGAGAGCCAACAUAUCAGGGCAUCUUUACGUGGAAGCAAGAUAUUCACAGGUUCUACAGAAUCUCUAGCUGCAAGUCUGCGGAGAGGCUUGGACAUUAUUGAGAAUCCGCUGAACCCUGCAUCAAACCGAUGCUCAGUUUCUUUGUCUUCUGAUAACUUGACCAUGCAACCUUCCACAGAGAUACUGCAGGAUGAUCGACUGCCACUGUCACAACUCUGUCCUUCUUGCAGACAGAAAUCUGAGAACAACUGUACUGUUCUUGACAACUCUAAAUUAUCAAGCGUAGUUGAAGGAGGUGGAUAUCAUCAAGCGGAAGGGUUGAUUGAGAAGCAGCAGGAGCUUGAAAAUUUGUGCACAGAGCAAGCAGCCAAGAUUGAGCAGCUAAUGCGCCUGGUAGAGCAACACAAACUUCAAACUGAGAAUGAGACAGAAGAACUACUUCCUUCAGCAAAUGAAAACAAGCCUCUCGGCUGUAAUGAUGUUGUUGAGCGUGACCAAGCAGAAGUCAUAGUUGAAGAAUAUGAAGUAAAACAAUUCCCAGCUGACGACUCCAAUAAGACAAACUUCGAUGUUGGCGAGAAGGAGGCAUUGCUCAAAGAAAUUGAAGAUCUGAAAAGUAAGUUGCAGACGCGUGCAACAAUGUCCACCGACGAACUGAGAUCAUCUUUGUUAGCCCGUUCGUUUCAACUACGUAACAAGAAUGCUGGAAAAGACUUGGAGGAAGAACGACUUAGGUGCACAGAAAUGGAAAGCGAGUGGAUAUCAUUGACCGACGAACUCAGAGUUGAGAUUGAAACACAACGCAGGCGAGCAGAGAAAGCCGAAACAGAACUUAAACAAGAGAAACUGACUACUGAGGAGUUAGAGGAUGCACUUCAAAGAGCUGUUCUUGGUCAUGCCAGGUUUGUUGAACACUACACAGAGCUACAAGAGAAGUACAACGACUUAGGCUCAAGGCAUAAAGCAACAGUGGAAUGGAUAACAGAGUUGAAGAAGGCAGUAGCAAAGGCUGGGAAAAAAGGUUGCGGUUCCCGUUUCGCUAAAUCACUUGCUACUGAGCUCUCAGCACUUAGAGUAGAAAGAGAAAGAGAAAGGGAUUUGUUGAAGAAGGAGAACGUAAGUCUCAAGAUUCAACUAAGGGAUACUGCUGAAGCUGUUCAUACUGCUGGAGAAGUUCUUGUUAGACUCAGAGAAGCCGAGCAGACAGCAUCAUCUGCUGAGGAAAAGUUCAAUGAAGUAGAAGAACAAAACGAGAAGCUAACGAAGAAAAUGGAGAAGCUGAAGAGGAGACACAAAUUAGAAAUGGCAACAAUAAAACAGAAUCUAAAGCACAACACGUUGCCAGAAUCUGCAUUACAGCCUCUGCGUCAGAGGAACUCGGCUACUGAAGAAGGUAUGUAGAAGAACCAUACCAAAAGUGCAUAACUUGAAAAGACCCUUCUCGGAUCUGAUUGAUCAUAUACACACACAUCUGUUUCAUGUUUAUUAUCCAAUUUUCCACUUGUUGCUAAUAAAAAUAAUCAAAUGCCUUAUUCCACAAGGCACUUUGAUUAUUAGUAUCUUUUUUACUCAUUCGAGUUAUUAAUGUUCCAUAGUUUUUUAUUUGAAUAUUGCGUUUGUGGCGUGCAAACUGGUCUUUGUAUAAACGUUAAGUUGGUAAUUCAUUUAUUAUUUUUCUACAUUUAAAA